AUGUUGAUUUGGAUAAUCAAAUAAUUAACAAAAGAGGGUAUUUAUUGAAUAAGAAUGUGAGUAAGUAAUUCAAUUUAUUCCAUUUUAGAGUUCAAUAAUAUAGAACAAAGUCCUCUAAUUAAUUAUUUUCAAUAAAGUUAAACUAACGAUAAAGUUCAAGAUCGUUCUCAUAUAAUACCUACUUCUAAUAUUGUAGAUCAGAAUAAUUGA